AAAUCAAAAACAAAGACAAAAUUAAUUGCAGGACGAAAGAGCUGGCAGAUGAUGGAUGGUAAUAGGAAACCCGGCGCUGUGGAAUGCCUCCACUGACGGCAGCAAGGAGGGAGAGGGCCCUUAAAACCACCGCGGCCCUUGCCUGAAGGCUCCCAGCCUCCCUUGUUCUUCUUCCAGGCUUGGGAGAACACUUUCUCCUAACUACUAAGCUCUGGAAAUGGGGAGUGGGAGCCCCGUUUUUUUGCUGCGGGGUGUUUCAGGCCGCUUCAGAGGCCUCCCUGAGCCCCGCCGAGGCGCUCCACAGCGGGCCGGGAACGGGACUACAUCUCCCGUCAUCCCUCCGGGCGCCGCCGCCAUCUCGGCACCGACCGCCGGGCCGGGCCGGGCCGGCGACCCGUAUUCCCCGCUCCCCGCUGUGUUCCUCGGGCCCCGCCGCAUUCCCCGCUCCCCGCCAUGAGCUGGGACGGCGCCGGCGAGGAAGUCCGGCUCCUCCUGGACCUAUCCGGGUGUGGAGGGACGGCUGAGCAUCCCUGGCUUCACCUGGCCCUAGAGAAUCCAGUGAAUGGUGUGUUGCUCUGAGUUUUUCUCCAUGUUGAUACCGAAAUUGGCUAGAAAACAAAUUUUCUAACACAAUUUGAAGCAUUAGAAAGCAGGCGUUCUUUAUUGCAUAGCUGGACACAUCUGGAUGAUCUUUCAUCUAAGCGAGUAUUUCGUGACACUUUACAAGAUGCCUUCAGUGUUUGACAAAGAACCUGUCCAGAUACUCUGCAGAUAUUAAGCCCUUGCCACCCAAUAUAAAGGAUAAACUGAUUAAAUUAAUGAGUAGGCAAGGGCAAAUAACUGAUGCAAAUAUCAGUGAGGUAUUGCACCCUGCUGUGGAGUCUCUGGACCUCCGAGACUGUGAUAUUUCAGAUAAUGCAUUAUUGCAGCUUUAUAACUGCAAGCAGCUGAAAAAAAUCAACUUAAAUUCUUGCAAGGAGAACAGAUUUGGAAUUACUUCAGAAGGAGUCAUAGCACUGGCCUUAUCCUGUCCUUACCUGCGUGAAGCGUCUUUCAAAAGGUGCUGUGAUAUAACUGACAGUGGAAUUCUGGCUCUUGCACUCAACUGCCAAUUCCUUCAAAUAGUGAACUUGGGGAGCUGCUCAGGCAUCAUGGAUGCAUCUCUGCAGGCACUAGGAGAAAACUGCAAAUUUCUUCACAGUGUGGACUUCUCAUCUACUCAGGUAACAGAUGAUGGUGUUGUGGCACUAGUGAGUGGAACAUGUUCGAAGAAUUUAAAGGAGAUACACAUGGAGCGCUGUGUGAACCUGACAGACGUGGCUGUGGAAGCUGUCCUUACCUGUUGUCCCAAGAUACACAUUUUUCUGUUCCAUGGAUGCCCACUGAUAACAGAUCGUUCCCGAGAUGCUUUAGAGCAACUCAUCAUAUCAAACAAAAUCAAGCAACUAACUUGGACUGUUUACUGAUGAUUUAUGCUGUACAUGUGACUGUCAAGUUUACAGGUGGGAGAGCUCCUUCAGCAGACAUGCACCUUGGAGAGCUAGCUGGUGACUUUUGUGCCACCAGGUUGCAUCCCUCCUGCUUCCCACUGGAGGUCUCCGUUGCCAUUCCAGUCCUUGCCUGUGAGCCUCGGCUUCCCCAUUGUAUCUCUUCUGAGUCCUGUCUGUCUUUGCACAGAUCAUACUUCAUUAAGAGGAAAGUUAAACUAUAAUUAAUAUUACAGGGCCGUUGCUCAGGCUUCAAGAAGUGCUGGAUUUGGCUGCUACUUAGUAUCAUUUAGCAAUUUUUACAAACCCAGUUUAGGUAAGUCUGUGUUUGGAGUUCUGUAUUCUGGGAUGGUACUUGCAGCUAAAAGUACCAAGCCCAAACAUAACAUUGACACACAGAAAUGUCUGUAAAGUUGGGAGUUUAACAAAAAUCAACAGACAGAACUGGUGAAUGGAGGUGGCAUUAACAGCAGUACAAAUGUACUUUCGAUAGUAACAAAGACUCUCCUUUCACCCUGUACUUUUGCUAAGUCUGAAAUAAAAAAUGUAGGUACCUUUCUUCUGAUGUUACUGAUGCUGCAGAUUUCUGUUCUUAUUUACCAUCAAAUACUUGCUGGAUUUUUACACAUCCAAAACUACAGCCUGUGAAUGUGUAAACAUAAACUUGCUUUGGAACUGUUAUGGUGACUUUACAAAUUUCAGAGUAGUAGCUGUGACCAAGAAAAGGAUUUUACAUAUGGGAAAAUAUUUAAUUUGCUCUGUAUUUUGUCUGUGUUUCUACAGGAAAAUCCUUUUAGGGAACAGAACAUUGGUACUCAUAAGCGUAUCUGUGAGUGAAAUAGGACCAAAUGUAGUGUCUGGGGACAUAAAUCACAGGAUGGUAGAGUAUGUGUUCUGCUGUAUGCAGUUCAUUAUACAUCCAGGGGCCCCCAAAAGGUGAAAAUACAAAAAAAAAAUAUUGUUCAAGUAUAGUCAUAUUAAAAAUUAAUUUUUGAAUUGUAGAAUGAGUUUAUUACAUGAUGGAGCAGUGCUCUUAACACAAUUACCGGUCAUGUUCCUUGGCUUUCUUGAACCAGCAUACCCUCUAGUGAGAAUUCUAUGAUUUCUGCAUUAAGCUCCUUAAUGCAAGCCAUUUUAGCUUUAUUAAGGCCAUGGAACACACUGGGUUCAUCCUCUAGAUCUGGAAGUAGAAGGGUUUAGUUAUGGUGGUCUAACAUGGAUUUGAUGACAUCUGGAAACCUAAAGAGUUUAGGGAGCCAUAAGGAACAUGUUUACUUUACCAUUUAACUCUUGUCAUAGCCACACCUAAGUGUUGCAGAAGUAAACCAGUCUUGUAUUAAUCUAUUUAAAGUUCAGGUCUAAUUGCAUGGAACGUAUUUUUUGUUGCCAAUAUUAAAGAAUAUUAUGAUGUUUGACAACAAUCCUUGUUCUUCUGUUGAUUAUAUGGUUUAUGAAAGUGCAAGUCUAUUUAGAAAAGUUGUUCAUGUGUAACUAAAAGCAUAUUUUUCCAAGAGCAGCACAUAAAUCCCUUAUUCUUGUUUCAUGGCUCAGCUCAGUGAUGUGUUCCUAUGAUCUCUGUGGGUGUAACUGCACCAGUACAAACCAUUGGUGCAAGAAGUUGAUUUUGCUACAGUAGCCACAAGCAUCAGUUGUCAUUGCAGCAAGUCCUUGUGCCAGAUAGAGGCCUAAUAACCUAAUUACCAGGUUUUAUUUCCCCUUUGUUAGUUUUGUUUUUUUUCUAAAGAUUAGUUUAUUGUUAAGCCCUGUGGAAUCUCUGGCAUCAAUCAGGGCCCAUCAUUCCUUUGAACUCUUGGACAAAUCUGUGUUGCACUAUAUUUGAUAUUGAAUUGUGUAGCUGUUUAGGCAGCUCUGUGAAGCAAUGCUAAUGCUAACCUCAGUGUCAAAGUUAUCCUUUUUCUCCUUGCUGAUAUAACCUUGAAUUUGUCAUGUUGAAGGCAGAUGCAGCUUAUACUGUGUCCUUAAGUAUGCCUGUAGAUUUACCAUCCUCCCCUACAGCCUCUUGUCAAUGUGUAACUUAGUGGUACAUCCUCAACUGGUGCUUAAAAAGCUGUACAACAAGGUAACACUGUAUUUUUAGGUUCAAAAGUUUAAUGUAAGUUAUUUUAAAUCUUUCACCAUUAGAGCUUGAGUCUGCCUUUAUGUGUUUAGUAUUUGCAUAACUCUACUGGAAUGUUUUUUGGUUCAUAGUAAUUUUCAACAAAUGUUUACAGGCACUGGGUGAAGUGGGAGAAGAACCUCAUGGAUGUGCUUACCACUUCAUAUUCUCUAUUGUUUGGAUAUUGUUAUUUGUGAGCCUUGCAAAAUAUUCACAUAUUGUUCUGAAGAUUAAAGUUUAGAAGUUGGCUGUUUGGAGAGUUCUGAAAACUUGUUGGAUUAUAGAACCAUGUACAUCUGACUGUGCUCCUAAACCUUCUACUUCAUGAAUACCAUGAUUAUCUGAGUGAGUGCCGCGCACUCUUUCACAUUUGUAAGCUUCCACCACAGCAGCUGGUAUUGGG